AACAGGUAUAUUAUAUACAACCCUUACAACAACAAAACUCAUCACAUACCACAACCAAAUUAGGCAUGGGUACUCUCUACCAAGAAUCCCCUAACACUGGCAUUCUAGACCUUAAGGUCACCUUGCAAGACUCCAGUUUGGUUUUCCCAACCAAAGAAACUGAGAGAAAAUCCAUGUUCUUGUCAAACAUUGACCAAGUUCUCAAUUUCCCUGUCCAAACAGUCCACUUUUUCCCAUCCCACCGCAGUUAUCCCUUUAAAACAGUGGUGGAAAAGCUCAAAUCAGCCCUAUGCAAAUUGCUGGUGCCUUAUGAUUUCUUGGCUGGCAGGUUGAAGUUGAAUCCUCAGUUGGGUCGCCUAGAGUUUGACUGCAAUGCUGCCGGGGCUAGCUUCGCGGUGGCUUCUAGUGAGUUCCCGUUGGACCAGAUUGGAGACUUAGUUUAUCCAAACCCGGCUUUUCGACAACUUGUCCAGAGCUUUGAUAAGUUGGGACCUGAAGAUCAGCCUCUCUGCGCUGUCCAGGUGACAUCAUUCAAGUGUGGAGGUUUUGCAAUGGGAAUAUCGACCAAUCAUGUUGCAUUUGAUGGCAUAAGCUUCAAAAUUUUCUUACAGAAUCUGGCAUCUCAAGCUUUUGAUGACAAACCCUUGGCAGUCCUUCCAUGCAAUGACCGUGGACUUCUAGCCGCCAGAUCUCCGCCUUCUGUUACCUUCCCCCACCAUGAGCUCCUCAAGCUUAAACUUCCAAUAGGCGAAGAGUCUGGGCCUCCAGUCUUCGAUUGCCCACCGGAAGAUCUCAACUUCAGAAUCUUCCGGUUAAGCUCUGACCACAUCGCUUCUCUGAAGGAGAAGGCAAAAGCUGGUAAUACCAAAGCACGGAUCACUGGCUUUAACGUGGUCACCACCCAUAUAUGGCGGUGCAAGGCCUUGUCAUGUGACACAGGGAAUAAUUUAGACCGGAUUUCCACAAUUCUUUACGCUGUGGAUAUCCGGUCUAGGUUGCAGCCACCACUGCCGGCCUCGUAUGCCGGCAAUGCUGUGCUCAGCACGUAUGCAAUGGCACAAUGUAAGGAGCUAGAAGAAGGGCCGUUCUCAAGGUUGGUGGAGAUGGUGUCAGAGGGUAAUGCUAGAAUGACAGCUGAGUAUGCAAGGUCUGCAAUUGACUGGGGAGAGCUCUACAAAGGGUUUCCACAUGGGGAGUUUCUGAUAUCUUCAUGGUGGAGAUUGGGUUUCACUGAAGUGGAGUAUCCAUGGGGCAAACCAAGGUAUAGUUGUCCCUUGGUGUAUCACAGGAAGGACAUUAUUUUGCUCUUUCCCGACAUUGAUGGGCUUAGCAGCAAUGGAGUGAAUGUCUUGGUCGCUCUACCUGCCAAGGAGAUGGAGAAAUUCCAAGCCCUUUUUCAUAAGUUACUGGCAUGAAGUCUCUGUCUCUCUCUGUCUCUCUCUCGUAAAAGUUUGUAUGCAUGAUUUAUACUGUUUGUCUGUAUGGCGUGUGUUGGUUUGUAUGUCGUGAUUUCUGUGGAUUGUGUAAUAGCUUGAAACCAGGGAUUGCAAAUGCAAGUUACUUUUGAAGGUGGUGGAUAAGUAUAUGCUUGGUUCGGGAUUGGACUCUUGGCUGGCACAAGUUAUGACGGGCCAUGCUGUAAUACAUGCAAGAGAACAUGCAUGUGGUAAAUGUAUACAGUUAUAUUAAUUGUUAAGUAAUAUAUAUGUUCAUUCACUGCACUAUUUCAUAUAAUCUUAUUUCUUUUGGUAAGCAAGCAAAUGUUUAGCUACCAGAGAACAGAAGUUUACAUGUGUACUGAGUAUUCUUGCAGGUUUGUUUGAUAGACG